GGAGUGCAGUGGUGUGAUCUCGGCUCACUGAAACCUCCACCUCCUGAGUUCAAGUGAUUCUCCUGCCUCAGCCUCCAAAGUAGCUGGGAUUACAGGUGCAUGCCACCAUACCUGGCUAAUUGUUUUUUUAGUAGAGGCUGAGUUUCACCAUGUUGGCCAGGCUGGUCUUGAACUCCUGACCUCAGGUGUUCCACCCGCCUCGGCCUCCCAAAGUGCUGAGAUUACAGGCUGACCCACCAUGCUCGGCCCAUAAUUACACUUUUUUUUUUUUUUGAGACGGAGUCUGGCUGUGUCGUCCAGGCUGGAGUGCAGUGGCACGAUCUCAUUUUCCAUUUCCAGUUUAUUUAGUGAUUAUUCCUCUUAUGAGAAGUAUGAAAAUUAAGUAAUGACUUUGUUAAGGCUUUUUUUUUUCUUCUUUAAGCAGUUCCCCUCAUUAGUAUUUGUAUUCAGUCUUACAUCUGAUUCUGGUUCCAAAAACAAUUUAAAAACACUUUUUUUUUUUUUGGAGACGGACUCUUGCUUUGUUGCCCAGGCUGGAGUGCAAUGGCAUGAUUGCGGCUCACUGCAACCUCUGCCUCCUGGGUUCAAGUGAUUCUUCUGCCUCUGCCUCCCGAGUAGCUGGGACUACAGGCACACUACCAUGCCCAGCUAAUUUUUUGUAUUUGUAGUAGAGAUGGUGUUUCACCGUGUUAGCCAGGAUGGUCUCCCAUCUCCUGACCUCAUGAUCUUCCCAUCUCAGCCUCCCAAAGUGCUGGGAUUACAGGUGUGAGCCACCGCGCCUGGCCUAAAAACACUUUUUUAAAACACUCAUUCAAAUCUUUGCUUGUUUUGUGUAGGGUGAGGUGUACUUGCCGCCCUUGGUUUGGAUUUGACUCUCUCAUGAUUAGACUUACUUUAGACAAUUAACUAGUUUAGACAUUAAAAAUACUUAAGGUAUGUAAUGAAGUGCUGUGAAUUCACUAUUAAGCUUCACUACUAAGUUUCAGUCAUAAAAUGUCACUAGUAUCAUUCCCUGAGAGCAUCUGCCUCCCUCAACCCCUAAAGGCAAAUAUAGUUGUGAACUUGGUGUUAAUCUUUUCUUGGGUUUGAUUUUCAUUGUUGUUAUUUUUGAAAUUACACAAGUAAUCCAUGGAACUCACAAGUAUACUUCAAAUAACCCAUCCCUAACAGAGUAAACCAGUGUUAGCAAUGUGGUGAUUAAAAUGCAUUUAUACACAUACAUAUAUGCUGACAGAAAAACGGCUUUUUUUCCCCCAGAAGGUAUUGUUGUGUGCAUUGUUACAUUUCUAGGAAUCACUCUCCUACACAAACUCAAAAACACAUAGCUGCACAAGAAGAUACGUAGAAAGAAAGAUAUUUAUGGUUACAGUCAACAGUUUCGAAAUACAAAUACUCAGAAAUAUGGAAAGUGUAUCAGAGAUAUUUGCAACUUACUGAUUAAGUGAAAAAUCUGAAAAUAACCUAAAUGUACCAUUAAUAGGGGAAUGUUAUAUAAAAUGUAGUGAAUUUAUAGUAUAAACCAGUUCAAAGGGAAUGAGAUGGGCAUCCAUAUAGACAUAUCCUGAUGAGGGCAUUGGCAUUCCAUUACAUCCUAUCUGCAGUGCUUCCCACUUCUCAACACAGAACACUAUAAACAUUUCUAGUUGGGCUGUUCUAGUUAUCUUCAGUAAACUAAUGCUGCCUUUUGUGGGUCUCUAGUUGGUAAAGAUUUUCAGUCUUUUUGUUGCUGUUGGAGUUUUUUGUUUCCUAGUAGUGUGUAGACCUGUUGUCUGUGACAGUUUUAUUGGUGGUGAUUGCCAAAACAUGAUUCUAUUCUUAAACUUUUGUCUGGAGUUAAACAUUAUAGUAGUUGAAAAACUAAAUACGUUAUUUCAAAGGGGAGGCAAAUUGCACAUUCUAGCAAAUGAAUGUGCAGUUGAAUCCUUCUCUAAUAUACCAGGCACAAAGAACAUCAAAGGAGAUAUGCUUAGUUUGCAAGUUUAUUGGGGAGGUUGGCCAGCGGCCAGAUUACUCGAUAGUAUGGGACAAGUGGAGGCAAGGUAGUGUAGAUGUUAACAGCUGCCGGAGCUUUGGAGUGAGUCUUUCUAGGUCAGCAUGUGUGUCAUUGCUAAAAGUAUAGAGAGCCAGCAGGACAUGGUAAUUGAAGCUCAGACUUGAGAUGUGGCUGCCUGUUUUACAUCUUGGUGGUGGUAACUGCUAUGACAUAUGUCAGUAUUGUGGAAGUAUCUGAUAGGUAUUGAGCUUAGGAUAGGAGACCAAAGGAUGUUUUCUGGGAGAAGGUGAUACCUAAGGCCACAAAAUUAGAGAGGUAUUUAAUUUUCUGUGUCUGCAGUGGGUGCAGGAGCUAGAGGGGAGCAAUGCUAGGUCUGGAGUCUGGAGCAGUGGGGGUGAGGGAAGAAAUGAUUAAGUAAUGUGCCUUGAGAAAUUGUCAGAGGCCAGGUUUUAUAGGGCAUGCUGAAAUUGGAUGUUAUCAGUGACCAGAAGAUCCGGAUGCCUGGGAGGUGAACAAGCCUUCAGCUGCCUUUGCUAUGGGAAUACAGUUUCCAGUCACUCAGCCUCUGAAGAAGCUUCGGGUUCAGACUCAGGCAGUCAGUCGGAAAGUGAGCAGGGAAGUGAUCCGGGAAGUGGACAUGGCAGUGAGUCGAACAGCAGCUCUGAAUCUUCUGAGAGUCAGUCGGAAUCUGAGAGCGAAUCAGCAGGUUCCAAAUCCCAGCCAGUCCUCCCAGAAGCCAAAGAGAAGCCAGCCUCUAAGAAGGAACGGAUAGCUGAUGUGAAGAAGAUGUGGGAAGAAUAUCCUGAUGUUUAUGGGGUCAGGCGGUCAAACCGAAGCAGACAAGAACCAUCGCGAUUUAAUAUUAAGGAAGAGGCAAGUAGCGGGUCUGAGAGUGGGAGCCCAAAAAGAAGAGGCCAGAGGCAGCUGAAAAAACAAGAAAAAUGGAAACAGGAACCCUCAGAAGAUGAACAGGAACAAGGCACCAGUGCAGAGAGUGAGCCAGAACAAAAAAAAGUAAAAGCCAGAAGACCUGUCCCCAGAAGAACAGUGCCCAAACCUCGUGUUAAAAAGCAGCCGAAGACUCAGCGUGGAAAGAGAAAAAAGCAAGAUUCUUCUGAUGAGGAUGAUGAUGAUGACGAAGCUCCCAAAAGGCAGACUCGUCGAAGAGCGGCUAAAAAUGUUAGUUACAAAGAAGAUGAUGACUUUGAGACUGACUCAGAUGAUCUCAUUGAAAUGACUGGAGAAGGAGUUGAUGAACAGCAAGAUAAUAGUGAAACUAUUGAAAAGGUCUUAGAUUCAAGACUGGGAAAGAAAGGAGCCACUGGAGCAUCUACUACUGUAUAUGCGAUUGAAGCUAAUGGCGACCCUAGUGGUGACUUUGACACUGAAAAGGAUGAAGGUGAAAUCCAGUACCUCAUCAAGUGGAAGGGUUGGUCUUACAUCCACAGCACAUGGGAGAGUGAAGAAUCCUUACAGCAACAGAAAGUGAAGGGCCUAAAAAAACUAGAGAACUUCAAGAAAAAAGAGGACGAAAUCAAACAAUGGUUAGGGAAAGUUUCUCCUGAAGAUGUAGAAUAUUUCAAUUGCCAACAGGAGCUGGCUUCAGAGUUGAAUAAACAGUAUCAGAUAGUAGAAAGAGUAAUAGCUGUGAAGACAAGUAAAUCUACAUUGGGUCAAACAGAUUUUCCAGCUCAUAGUCGGAAGCCGGCACCCUCAAAUGAGCCCGAAUAUCUAUGUAAAUGGAUGGGACUUCCCUAUUCAGAGUGUAGCUGGGAAGAUGAAGCCCUCAUUGGAAAGAAAUUCCAGAAUUGCAUUGACAGCUUCCACAGUAGGAACAACUCAAAAACCAUCCCAACAAGAGAAUGCAAGGCCCUGAAGCAGAGACCACGAUUUGUAGCUUUAAAGAAACAACCUGCAUAUUUAGGAGGGGAGAAUCUGGAACUUCGAGAUUAUCAGCUAGAAGGUCUAAACUGGCUAGCUCAUUCCUGGUGCAAAAAUAAUAGUGUAAUCCUUGCUGAUGAAAUGGGCCUAGGAAAGACCAUCCAGACCAUAUCAUUCCUCUCCUACCUGUUCCACCAACACCAGCUGUAUGGCCCCUUUCUUAUAGUCGUCCCUUUAUCCACCCUCACCUCAUGGCAGAGAGAGUUUGAAAUCUGGGCACCAGAGAUUAACGUAGUGGUUUACAUAGGUGACCUGAUGAGCAGAAAUACGAUACGGGAAUAUGAAUGGAUUCAUUCCCAAACCAAAAGAUUGAAGUUCAACGCACUUAUAACAACAUAUGAGAUCCUCUUGAAAGAUAAGACUGUGCUGGGCAGUAUUAACUGGGCCUUUCUGGGAGUGGAUGAAGCCCAUCGGUUGAAGAAUGAUGACUCUUUAUUGUAUAAAACUCUGAUUGAUUUCAAGUCCAACCAUAGGCUCCUGAUUACGGGGACCCCUCUUCAGAAUUCCCUCAAAGAGCUCUGGUCCUUGCUGCACUUUAUUAUGCCGGAGAAGUUUGAAUUUUGGGAAGAUUUUGAAGAAGACCAUGGGAAAGGGAGAGAGAAUGGCUACCAGAGUCUUCAUAAGGUGCUAGAGCCUUUCCUUCUCCGGAGAGUCAAAAAAGAUGUGGAGAAAUCCCUUCCUGCUAAAGUGGAACAGAUUCUCAGGGUGGAGAUGUCAGCCCUUCAGAAACAGUAUUACAAGUGGAUUCUGACCAGGAAUUACAAGGCUCUUGCCAAAGGAACAAGAGGCAGCACAUCUGGUUUUCUUAAUAUUGUGAUGGAACUGAAAAAAUGUUGCAACCACUGCUAUCUGAUUAAACCCCCUGAAGAAAAUGAAAGGGAAAAUGGACAGGAGAUUCUUCUGUCCCUCAUAAGGAGCAGUGGGAAGUUGAUUUUAUUAGACAAACUGUUGACAAGACUUCGAGAAAGGGGGAAUCGAGUGCUUAUCUUCUCUCAGAUGGUGAGAAUGUUGGAUAUCCUGGCUGAAUACCUAACUAUUAAACACUAUCCUUUCCAGCGUCUGGAUGGUUCCAUCAAGGGAGAAAUCCGAAAACAGGCACUGGACCACUUCAAUGCAGAUGGGUCUGAGGACUUCUGUUUCCUGCUCUCGACAAGGGCUGGUGGCCUGGGAAUCAAUUUGGCUUCAGCGGACACAGUCGUCAUCUUUGACUCUGACUGGAACCCCCAGAAUGACUUGCAGGCACAAGCCCGAGCGCAUAGAAUUGGUCAGAAGAAGCAGGUAAAUAUUUACCGCUUAGUUACAAAGGGGACUGUGGAGGAGGAGAUCAUAGAACGGGCCAAAAAGAAGAUGGUAUUAGAUCAUCUGGUGAUUCAGCGCAUGGACACCACUGGCCGGACGAUCCUGGAAAACAACUCGGGAAGGUCCAACUCAAAUCCUUUUAAUAAAGAAGAGCUGACAGCUAUUUUGAAAUUUGGAGCAGAGGAUCUCUUCAAAGAACUGGAAGGGGAGGAAUCAGAACCUCAGGAAAUGGAUAUAGAUGAAAUUUUGCGGUUGGCUGAAACGAGAGAGAAUGAAGUGUCAACAAGUGCAACAGAUGAACUUCUAUCACAGUUUAAGGUUGCCAACUUUGCAACAAUGGAAGAUGAAGAAGAGCUGGAAGAGCGUCCUCACAAGGACUGGGAUGAGAUCAUUCCAGAGGAACAAAGGAAAAAAGUAGAGGAGGAAGAGCGGCAGAAGGAGCUAGAAGAAAUUUAUAUGCUGCCUCGAAUUCGGAGUUCCACUAAAAAGGCUCAGACAAAUGACAGUGACUCUGACACUGAGUCUAAGAGGCAGGCCCAGAGAUCCUCUGCUUCUGAGAGUGAAACGGAAGACUCUGAUGAUGACAAGAAGCCAAAGCGCAGAGGGCGUCCGAGGAGUGUGCGGAAGGACCUCGUGGAGGGAUUUACUGAUGCAGAGAUCCGAAGGUUCAUCAAGGCUUAUAAGAAGUUUGGUCUCCCUCUUGAACGGCUGGAGUGCAUAGCACGUGAUGCUGAGCUGGUAGAUAAGUCGGUGGCAGAUCUGAAGCGCCUGGGUGAACUGAUCCACAACAGCUGUGUGUCAGCAAUGCAGGAAUACGAAGAGCAGCUGAAAGAAAAUGCCAGCGAGGGAAAAGGACCAGGGAAAAGGAGAGGUCCAACAAUCAAGAUAUCCGGAGUUCAGGUUAAUGUGAAAUCCAUUAUCCAACAUGAAGAGGAGUUUGAGAUGCUGCAUAAAUCUAUCCCUGUGGACCCUGAAGAAAAAAAAAAAUACUGCUUAACCUGUCGUGUCAAAGCUGCACAUUUUGAUGUAGAGUGGGGGGUGGAAGAUGAUUCUCGCCUGUUGCUGGGGAUUUAUGAACAUGGCUAUGGAAACUGGGAGUUAAUUAAAACAGACCCAGAGCUUAAAUUAACUGACAAAAUUCUGCCGGUGGAGACAGAUAAAAAGCCUCAGGGGAAGCAGCUACAGACCCGAGCGGAUUACUUGUUGAAGCUGCUCAGAAAGGGUCUGGAGAAGAAGGGGGCUGUGACAGGUGGGGAAGAGGCCAAAUUAAAGAAGCGGAAGCCUCGGGUAAAGAAGGAAAACAAAGUGCCCAGGCUGAAAGAGGAGCAUGGAAUUGAGCUUUCAUCUCCUAGGCAUUCAGAUAAUCCAUCAGAAGAGGGAGAAGUGAAAGAUGAUGGCUUGGAAAAAAGUCCAAUGAAAAAAAAACAGAAGAAGAAAGAGAACAAGGAGAACAAGGAGAAACAAAUGAGUUCUAGGAAAGACAAAGAAGGGGACAAGGAAAGAAAGAAGUCAAAAGAUAAGAAAGAGAAGCCUAAAAGUGGUGAUGCCAAAUCUUCGAGUAAAUCAAAGCGAUCUCAGGGUCCUGUCCAUAUUACAGCAGGAAGUGAACCUGUCCCCAUUGGAGAGGAUGAGGAUGAUGAUCUGGACCAGGAGACAUUCAGCAUAUGUAAGGAGAGGAUGAGGCCCGUGAAAAAGGCACUGAAACAGCUCGACAAACCUGACAAGGGGCUCAACGUGCAAGAACAGCUGGAACACACCCGGAACUGCCUGCUGAAAAUCGGAGACCGGAUAGCCGAGUGCCUUAAAGCCUACUCAGAUCAGGAGCACAUCAAACUCUGGAGGAGGAACCUAUGGAUUUUUGUUUCCAAGUUUACAGAAUUCGAUGCUCGAAAACUGCAUAAGUUAUACAAGAUGGCUCAUAAGAAAAGGUCUCAAGAAGAAGAGGAGCAAAAGAAGAAAGACGACGUGACCGGGGGUAAGAAACCAUUUCGUCCAGAGGCCUCAGGCUCCAGCCGGGACUCUCUGAUAUCUCAGUCCCAUACCUCACACAACCUUCACCCUCAGAAGCCUCAUUUGCCUGCCUCCCAUGGCCCACAGAUGCAUGGACACCCAAGAGAUAACUACAAUCACCCCAACAAGAGACACUUCAGUAAUGCAGAUCGAGGAGACUGGCAGAGGGAAAGAAAGUUCAACUAUGGUGGUGGCAACAACAAUCCACCAUGGGGAAGCGACAGGCACCAUCAGUAUGAGCAGCACUGGUACAAGGACCACCAUUAUGGGGACCGGCGACAUAUGGAUGCCCACCGUUCCGGAAGCUAUCGACCCAACAACAUGUCCAGAAAGAGGCCUUAUGACCAGUACAGCAGUGACCGAGACCACCGGGGACACAGAGAUUAUUAUGACAGGCACCAUCAUGACUCCAAGCGGAGGAGAUCCGAUGAAUUUAGGCCUCAAAAUUACCACCAGCAGGAUUUCCGACGAAUGUCUGAUCACCGCCCUCCUAUGGGCUACCAUGGCCAGGGACCCUCAGACCAUUACCGCUCUUUCCACACAGAUAAACUGGGGGAAUAUAAACAGCCUCUACCCCCAUUGCACCCUGCAGUCUCAGAUCCUCGCUCACCCCCUUCUCAGAAAUCUCCUCACGAUUCCAAGUCACCCCUGGAUCAUAGGUCUCCUUUGGAGAGAUCACUAGAACAGAAAAACAACCCAGAUUAUAACUGGAAUGUUCGGAAAACAUAAAGGACAGCUCGUAAAGGAGAGAGUAAGAGUCACCAAACACGUGGAUAUUUUUGGUCUGAUCCUACAGUAGCCGGUUAUCUAGACCAGUAAGUGGAGUUUUGGACAUGCUGCUGCUGUCAACUCACUGGCUGAAGGAGCACUUCAAGGAAUGGGAGGCCUUUCACUGGGUCCAGCUCUGAUUCGGGUCACCACUCCUGCACUUUGGCACCCCAUCCCAUUCCAGCCUAGUUCUGGCCUCCCACUUUGACGGGCACUUGGAGGAGGAGCUGACUGUGUGUGUACCAGCUUCACUGGGAUGUGUUUCCCCAGUCAAGGAACAGGGGAUCUUCAGAGUCAUGAAUGUUUUCUUGCCAGGGUCAGUGUUCCCAGGACCUUAGUGCAUGGUCGGGGCAGGAACUGGUGCAUGGAGGCUGCUGGGACCUGAUGUGAACAGUGUGUGAUUUGGUUGAUUUGGUUCACUCUGACAUGAUGGAUGCUGCUGAUGGGGAGUGGCGAGUUGGGGCAAGCGGGUGGGGACAAGCAUAGGACUUGAAGGGGAGCAGGUACACCCCUCAAAUGUGUUCUUGGGAGAAAUGAUACACUCGGCCUCAUUAUGUGAAACCUGUGGGUGGGGUUGGGGUGGGGAAGUAGAGAGAGGGCAACAGCUUCCACAACUGCUUCAUCUCGGCCAACACUAAUUUUUCCCACACUGUCUUUGUACAUUUCAGAGCUUUGGUCUCCUGAGUGGGCCUCCUUUUCCCACUGUGCCAGGGAAGGUAGGUUUCUCUGGCUGAGUACUGUGAGUGAGGCAACACUGAUGCCAGCAUGGGUCUUACUUGACUGGGGAGUAGGCUGAGUGAGGGGUAGGGUGGGGUAGGUGGGGAGUAGUGUGGCCAGGGAACUGGAAUCCCUGGUGGAUUUCUGAUUCCUAUGGUGAGAAGGAAAGCUCCAGGACCUGGAGAAGGGGAUGCAGAGGCAGGCCUGCUGACCAACUUGUUGCAAUCACAGAGGUGUGGGGGUCCUGGUGCAGGCAGUGAACAGGCUUCUAAUGUGGGGUUCAGUAGUGCCAGCAAGUGGGGGAAACUUUCAGUAUUGCGCUAGGUCAACACUUCCUGCUGCGUUUCCUUCCCUUUGCACAGCUUGAAGAAAUAGAUUAGACAGAAUCACACAUCAUGUGGGCAGAUGGAAAUAAGUACCUGUGGUGAGCAAGUUUCUACUGUAGUUGGAGAUCAUUAGAAUUGAAUUCAGUUUCUCUUAGAAUAUAAUCAGGUAUAAACCUAAGUUAAACUUUUUCCCAAACAAGGAGCAUCCAAAGACACAGUGACUUGAGCUAUAGAUAGUAAAAAUCAUACUAGAGUUGAACUGAGUCAGGUUUAGGAAGCAAGUUCGGUUGCAUCAAUUAAGCAGGCUCUUUUCAACUGACUGAUGCUGGGGCCUUCAGUUUUAUUCUCAGUAGAGAUUGCCAGUAUUGUUAGAGUAUCCAAAGGCCUUUCUAGAUGGAGACAGAAUAACUGACUUGAACAUACAGUGUGCCUGUAAGUGUCCAGGCUCAGAGCUGGUGAAAACCCUUCUGUUGGGCGUGUGCAGGGUUAAACUCCUGAAGUAACUUGUGAGGACUUCAGUGCUUGCUGGUGUCCUGGGCAGCACCAUGAAUGCCUUUACCAAGACAUGCCAAGUUGGAUCCCCCGAAUGAAGCAGAUGUGGCUGUGGUGUGACCCUUGCUCCCUGCUACACAGAGCAUCGCAGGGCUGGCCUGUGUGGUUUCCAGAUGAGGGUCUGGGUCCCGGAAGCUUGUGUUGAGAGCUCAGUGGACCCACCCCCCUUGCUGAACCCUCAUAGUUCUUGGGGUUGUCCAGCCUGGACUUGUAGCACACAUGUCCUGAAGCAAAGCUCCGGUGACUGCCUGAGCCACCUGGCCACAGUCCUCCCAUGGAGGGCCUGCUGUGACGCUCAGUGGAGAGGGCAGGGCCUGUGUCUCCACUUAGGCCACACAGUGAUAAGGAAACCACAGACGGAGCUUCUUGCUGAUAAUACUGACUCUAGCCCAUGAUUGCCUUGCCCGAGCCAAAGAGGAAGGUUAGGUUCGCUUGUCAAGCCCUUGAGCGUUGGGAGAUGGGGUGGGAAGGAGAUGAGCCCCUGCAGAGAGUUGGGUAGUGUCCUUCAGGAAUGAAAGGAGGGGCAAAGGAGUCACCAGAGGUCCUGCAUUUCCAUCAGGGUUUCCACAGUCAUCAGGGCUUCUCUCUUGAGUUGCUGAUAGGAGAUGUGAGUUAUGCCCAAAGAUGUCUUAUCGUGAGGAAAAAGAAACUUCCUUUUGUUCACAUUCAGGACUCUCAGUGCCAUAUGAAGUAGCAAAAGGCAGUAUCGGCCAGAUCAGUGUUACAUUGAUUCUAAAAUUACAGUGUCCCCAUUAGACAACUAUUUUAGGUGCUGGAGUAUGUUUGAAGAGUGUGUUGGGAAAAAGGAAGCAUUUCUUCAUUGAUUUAAAUCAGUAUGAAUAUUAUAUGCCUAAAUAAAAAAUUUGCACAGGUAAAUUCUCUCACUUGUGAAUGGGAGAAGCUGCCCCAGGAAUCUGUGAGGAUGGUAUUCCCUGGAGUCUGGCUUUGAAAGAUUUCAUUGUUGGUAGAAAUAACAGGUUGAGAAAGAGGGAGUUAGCAUCACCUAAAACCUGCACGUGAACAAGGGUUGACAUGAUACAUUAUGGCCUUAGAAAAGGGCCAGGUGAAACCCCAAGCUAAUCACUGCGGUCUUUCAGAGCCGGACAGACAGAUGCCAGCAGAGCCCGGGGCUCACCCUCCUUUCAGUCAUUCCUUAGCCCUUCGAAGGGAAGCCCAAACACUUUGCACGCUGUGCUGCAGACAUUCUGGCCUGGUGUGUCUGAAAGUUGCAUCAGUCCUCACGGUGCACACACAGUUGAUUUAGGAAGUCACACAACGACACUGAAAUCCUACAGACCAAAAUCCACUCGUCAGCAGGAGCAGCAGCCCAGGCCCAGCACCAGCGGUCUUCCGGCUCCUCUGAGGGCUGCCACGUUGGGCGAGGGGAGCCAUGCCAAGGGUCCAGGCUGCUUUAGGCCAUCUGUGCUCCACUCAUCUGGGGACAGAUGGUUUUUCUUUAUUGUAAAAUUGUGGACUUUUAAAACCUGUUGACUAAACAGUAAUUAAUUUAUAUUUGUGAAAAAUGCCACUGUCCUAGUGAUUUCUGAUGUAAAUAAUGUUGUUUAUAUAGUAUGUAUUAAAUUUUCCUACAUUGUAAAACUGCUGUACUUUUGAUUCUUGUAUAUUAAAAAGUGUUACUGAGCAUUUUUAGAA